AGGACUCCCCAAACCUUACCAAAAAAUUCAAACAGAUUUGGCAUAAGUCUGUAAAUUUAAGCUUCUUUUCUCCUCCGGUUCUAUUUUCUUUUCUACCGUUCUUUAUCAUUUUUUUUCAGGCGUAUUUACUUAUUUAGUUAUGAAUUAUAGUUUCAGAAGUUUUGAGGGAAAAGAAACAGGCAAGCGUUAAGAAAAAUGAUUUUGAUGAAAAAAAUGUUAAAGAAAAGGGGGAAAUUUGGGAAAAGUUAGGAGAAAAAUGUUUUCUUAGUAAAAUUAAUUUCUUUCUCUCAAAAAAGGCUUUCCCUUUUUGUUUUUAAUUUUCCGUUUAAUCCUCUUUUUCCUUCUGUUUCCUCUCUUUUCUCUGUCCUUCAAGACAUGAAAGUUUUUCAAUUACUAAUCUCUUUAUUUUUCUUUUUCUCAAACUCUUCAAGCAAACCUCAAGCCAUGUUUAAUUACUAGAAAGUAUUUUUCUUUUUUUAAAAAAAGAACAAAAACAAAAAAACUUACUAAAAUUUUUUUUCCUCUUUUUUUAGAUUAAAAAGAAAGAAAUUUUGAAAAAAAAAAACAGAGAGUAUAUUUUUCAAGAAUUUUAUCAUCUAAUUUCUUUAUAUUUUUCCUUUUCCCUUUCUUUUCUUAAUUUUUUUUGAAUCAAACAUAAUAGAUUAUAAAAGUAUUAUGGAAAUAAAAGUAAAAUUAUUUUCCCAUUAAUUUAUCAAAGAAAAAUCCUUUUUAAUAAUAAAAUAUGCAAGUUGGGCCAGGCCCAAAUACGAUUUUGAGAAUCUAAGCCAGAAUUGAGAAUACGCAAUUUCGUUCCGUGCUUCGGCUUUUUUAGGUUUAACGCCAAGUUCUUCUUCUCUUCUUCAUCUUCAACUGUUGUUCAGUCAAUAGAGGCGGCUUAGGAUGGAGGUCAAGCUCUCAUUUCCGGCGGAUCAUCCGCCAUUGUACGUCAUCGCGACAGCCAAGGUCGCCGGAAUACCCAUUUCAGAGGAUUCAUCUCUUGCUUCUGGUUCUCUUCCCACUUUUCUCAUUUCCAGCAAUGAUAAUGAAUUCAAAUUGAGGGGAACAUCAAUAAAUGCUCUUCUCCGUUAUCUUGGGCGGGUUGCAAGCAUUCCCAAUUUUUAUGGGCAGGAUGCAUUUGAAUCUUGCCAGAUUGAUGAAUGGCUAGAAUAUGCUCCAACCUUUUCAACUGGUUCUGAAUUUGAGAAUGCAUGCUGCUAUGUGGAUGGCAUUUUGUUGCAGCGUACCUUUUUGGUUGGUUAUAGUUUGUCAAUUGCAGAUAUAGCAAUUUGGUCAGGUCUUGCAGGAAGUGGACAGAGAUGGGAAAGUUUGAGGAAAUCAAAGAAAUACCAGAAUUUAGUGCGGUGGUUCAAUUCAAUAUAUGCAGAAUACAACACUGUCUUGAAUGAAGUUACUGGAACAUAUGUUGGCAAAAGAGGCUUGGGAAAGCCAAUGCCGGCCAAAAUGAAAGAAAAAGAGCAACAGGGUAUUAAUAAUCAUAUGAAGAAUGUAAGUGGGGAUGCCAAUGAAAAGGGAAAAGCUAGCAGCAAGGCCACUGCUGAAGUGGAUCUUCCGGAUGCAGAAGUCGGAAAUGUGCGGUUGCGUUUUGCACCAGAACCCAGUGGUUAUCUUCACAUUGGGCACUCAAAAGCUGCAUUAAUGAACCAGUAUUUUGCUCAAAGGUAUCAAGGUCAGCUGAUUGUGCGCUUUGAUGAUACAAAUCCUGCUAAAGAAAGCAAUGAAUUUGUGGAAAAUCUUUUGAAAGAUAUCGAGACUUUGGGUAUUAAGUAUGAUGCUGUGACAUAUACUUCAGAUUACUUCCCUCAGUUAAUGGAAAUGGCUGAAAAUUUGAUUUGUAAUGGUAAAGCGUAUGUUGAUGAUACACCACGUGAGCAAAUGCAGAAAGAACGGAUGGAUGGAAUUGAAUCAAAAUGCAGGAAUAACAGCCCUCAGAAGAAUAUGGAAUUGUGGAAGGAAAUGAUUGCAGGAUCUGAAAGGGGUUUGAUGUGCUGUCUGCGUGGGAAGUUGGAUAUGCAGGACCCAAAUAAAUCGCUUCGAGAUCCAGUUUAUUACCGUUGCAAUCCGCUUCCCCACCAUAGGAUUGGUUCCAAGUACAAGUUAUACCCAACCUAUGAUUUUGCUUGUCCAUUUGUUGAUGCUAAAGAAGGUAUAACUCAUGCACUUCGAUCUAGUGAGUACCAUGAUCGCAAUGCUCAGUAUCAUAGGAUCCAAGAGGAUAUGGGAGUAAAGAAGGUUCACAUCUAUGAAUUUAGCCGGUUGAAUAUGGUGUAUACGCUUCUCAGCAAACGUAAGCUUCUCUGGUUUGUUCAAAAUGGAAAAGUUGAUGGGUGGGAUGAUCCUCGUUUCCCGACUGUCCAAGGGAUUGUGCGUAGAGGUCUGAAAAUUGACGCAUUGAUACAAUUCAUCCUUGAACAGGGGGCAUCGAAAAAUCUCAAUCUCAUGGAAUGGGAUAAACUCUGGACCAUUAAUAAGAAGAUUAUUGAUCCUGUCUGUCCCAGACAUACUGCUGUUAUUGAUGAAAAACGUGUGUUAGUAACCUUAGCUGAUGGUCCUGAGAAACCAUUUGUCCGCAUCAUACCAAGGCAUAAGAAAUUUGAAGGCGCUGGAGAAAAGUGUACCACAUACACAAAGAGGAUAUGGAUUGACUAUGCUGAUGCAGUGUCCAUCUCAGAAAAUGAGGAAAUAACCUUAAUGGAUUGGGGGAAUGCCAUCAUAAAAGAAAUCAGGAAGGAUCAGGAUGGGAAUAUUACGCAGUUAAUAGGGGUUUUGCAUCUCGAAGGAUCUGUCAAGGCCACAAAAUUGAAGCUUACCUGGCUACCUGAAACAAGCGAAUUGGUUAACCUUUCAUUGAUGGAGUUUGACUAUCUAAUCACAAAGAAGAAGCUGGAUGAAGGAGAUGAUUUCCUUGAUGCGCUUAACCCGUGUACCAAAAGAGAGACUGCAGCAGUUGGGGAUUCUAACAUACGGAAUUUAAAGCGCGGUGAGAUAGUGCAGCUGGAGAGGAAGGGCUAUUAUAGGUGCGAUGCUCCCUUCAUUAGACCUUCAAAACCAGUAGUUCUAUUUGCAAUCCCAGAUGGCAGGCAGCAAAAAUAAGAACUUUACACCAAAGGAGUUUUCCACCCAUAUCCCAAGAAUUUUGGAACUUACAUUAGAGACUACGUUGAUUCAGUGAUUGUAUGAAAUGAGAAAAGGAAGGUUCCUACGCUUACUUUUGUUUUAGAUAUGGGAACUGAUGGAGAUUGUUGCUUUGAUGGUUUUAUUGAUUCGUCUUUCUGAGGAUGAACAACCUUAUAAAUUACUGUGGCAAUUCUAAUAUUAUGGAGUUUUAUUUUGUCAUAA